AUGAAUUAAUUAGAAGAUUAGUUCAAUCUAUAAAAAUUUCUAUGGUUAUAAGAUGCCAUAAUCUAUGAUUUAUAAUACUUUUAAUAUCACUUUAACUUUCUUGAGCUGUGUCGAGAAACAACAAAAGUUAUUAUAUAUGUAUUAUACAGAUUUUCAUGCAAAUGGGAGGAAUACUAAAAACAGCAUUUCAAGACAUCAUAUCGAAAUGCAAUAUAAUAGAAAGGAAUUAGAGGAACUUUUAAAAUGUGCAUGUAUCUCUUAUUUAAUAUAUCUUAUUGGAAAAGAAUAUGGGUACUUUAUUAAACAAGUAUUUCUAGAUGUAGCUAAAUAUAAUGGAGAAAAUUGUGAUCAUCUUAAAGGCACAGAAAUGGAUGUAUAUACAGACUAUGAAUCAACUGCAAGAACUGUCUUAAGAUUAAUGUGGUUUUUAGAUUAUGUUGCUGUUCUAUUAGAAAAGCUCAUCAUUAAACCAAAUGACAGUUUAGGUUCAAUAUGUGCUGAAGCCUAUAGUAUUGCCUUAGCUCCUCAUCAUCCAUUUGCUGUAAGAUUUGCAGCUAGAACAGGCAUGUUAGUUGUUGGAAGGUAUUUAAGUAUUCAAACUUUUAGUCGUGAAUCGUUGUUUAAGAUUAUAUUUUAAAAUAAUGAAGACAUUUAUUCAACUUUGUAAUAAUGUUACAAUAACUUCACUAAGAUCAAAAACAGGCUCUGGGAUCUCUAUAAAUAAGAAUAAUUAUGUGAUUUGCCAUGA